AUGGCUCAAAUGUUGAGCUUCAUGAAGGACAUUAAGGAUGAGCAGGAAAGAGCGAGGGAAGCUCGGAAUCGGUACGAGGAGACGCCAAACGAUGGCAAUCCACUGUUAGGAUAUGUUCGAGGCUUUGACCCUCAUAAGUCAAACACCCACUCAUCAAAGAGGGUUACCAAAACCCAUGAAGAGGGAGAAGCCUCCCAUGAAGGAUUCAUUCCCGCUACUCAGAAAGAGGGGGCGCCUCGCACUGUUCGCAUCCCUGCUAACAAUCCACCUAAGGAUGAGGACUAUGUGGAUUUACAAUAUGGGGAGGUAGACGAGCCGAAUCAGGAGUCCCAACAUAAGCAAACCCAAGCUGAUUCUGAAGAGAGCGCUAGAAAUAACGGACAAAUCAAGGCGCUGGAAGAAAGGCUGAAGGCAGUAGAAGGAUACGAUACAAACCCUAUGCCCCGCCAUGAUGGCGCAGUCAAUGCAAUAGAGGUAGUCACCGAGCAAGAGUUUGUUCAACAACGGAGCUCCCCCAUAGAUGCCCUUAAGAGGUAUCUACUUGCAAAGGGGUUCGUCCUCGAACAUAACGAAGCCUUUAAGACAACCUUGCAAAGACUCGUGAAUCAAGGGGUAGUUCAGUUUAAAGAAUAUCCUGAGGAAGAGUAUGUGGCCAUGCUGGACAGGAAUGAACCGUUAAUGAUACCAAGGCAAGGGGCAAGGAAGACAUUGAUCAUCCCUUGCGCCAAAGCCACAUUGCUGAUACCCGCACAAGUACACACUAGGAUUAUCCCAGUCAGGGAUCCAUACCCUGUGGACAAGAUGAAAGCAGUCCCGUGGGAAUAUGAGUCUAAUGCUAGUACCGAUGUGACAAACAUCGUCGGGCCUGGGGGUAUGACUCGUAGCGGUCGCAUAUUCAAUACUGCAAAAUCAAAGGAGAAUUCAGCACAAGCAAAUGAUCAAGAUACUGUGGUCCCUACUGAAAGAAGCACACCCAUAGACAAGGAGAUCACUAACAAAGAUGCCGAAGAAUUCUUGGCAUUAAUCAAGAAAAGUGAUUAUAAGGUAGUGGAUCAGUUGCACCAAACUCCAUCCAGGAUAUCACUCCUCUCGCUGUUAAUUCAUUCAGAAAAACAUCGAGACACCCUGAUGAAGAUCUUGAGUGCUGCCCAUGUAACCAAAGACAUCACUGUAAAUCAAUUUGAUGGAAUGGUGGCUAAUCUUACUGCUGGGGCAUGCUUAAGCUUCAGUGAACACGAGUUGCCCUCACAAGGGAAAGAGCAGAACAAAGCCCUGCAUAUCUCCAUACAAUGUGGGAAAGCUCAUCUUUCUAGAGUGCUGAUCGACACAGGGUCGUCAUUAAAUGUGAUGCCAAAGGCCACCUUAGACAAGAUAGAUUUGGAAGGACUGGUAAUAAGACCAAGCCGUCUGGUGGUCAAAGCCUUUGAUGGGUCGCAAAGCCCGGUGUUUGGAGAGGUGGACCUCCCUGUGGUAAUAGGCCCUCACACUUUCUGCAUCAAUUUCCAAGUGAUGGAGAUUGAGCCUGCCUAUACAUGUUUAUUGGGACGCCCUUGGAUCCAUGCUGCUGGGGCAGUUACCUCUACCCUGCAUCAAAAGGUGAAAUUUGUGGAUGGAAACUCUAUAGUAACCGUCAGUGGGGAGGAGGACAUAUUUGUCAGCAAUCUAGACUCAUACCGAUACAUUGAGGCUGGGGAAAAAGCAUUAGAGACUUCGUUCCAAGCACUAGAGAUUGCCACUGCUGUCACACUGCCAAUUGAGAAAACGCGAAGGGCGGGUUGGAUAUUACAACACUUCCCCGUGAUCAUUGGCCGGGGAGAAGUGUCUGGCUACACUGAGGUCAUGUCGCGUGCUAGUGCCUCCAUCCCCCUCAAAGGGAACCAGGUGCCUGAUCCUUACAAGCGCUAUCUUGACCGCACGACUACCGAAGACAUCUGA